UACGACAGAUAUAUCAGCGUAUGUGUUAAACACUAACAUCCAUUGGUUUCGGUAAUUUUACAAUAUUGUUAAAACAUGCCUUCUGUAAACAUAAAUCAGCGCCUGAUUGGUUGAUCUAAAGUGGGAGGAGUUCUGAAUUGUACCCAUUUUUUUCACGAUGUCUGCCACGGCAAAAUAUCCUGCACUCCCGGGACCACGGGGAAUUAUCCAGAUUCUGUGGUUGUAAUUAUUUUUCUUUUGUUUUUACUCAGUCUGGGAGAAUUUGUAACAUACUCGAAGACAGGCAUAUUAUUUUUUUUGCGCGGAACAAGUACCAUACACCGGGACACCAAGAUAGCAGGUGUCAGCGACGUAGAAACGGCGUCGUUACCGCAGCAAAUAAAACCGCAAGUCGGAGAAAAUAACGCGGAAAAUGUCGCCUCAACGCAAACGAUCACUUAAUGGAGCAUAACAGACAUUUGUGCGCGACGUCGCUUCAUUUAAUUAAAAUGCAAAGUAACUUAAUUGAAACGGGAGCGCAGUUUUGCGCACUGAGAUCAGGACACUAACGGGAACUCUAUGUUUACUUACGUGGGAAAGUGCAAAUAAUACGCAAAAAACGUACGCGUUCGCAGAGCUGGAGACCCGCCUUAGAAGAUACGAGUUAUUUCUGUUGUGAAUUAAAAGUGAUAUCUGACGAAAGUCCUGCUCUUCCCAAUGGAGAAGUAUGAGAAACUGGCCAAGAUUGGAGAGGGCUCUUACGGCGUGGUUUUCAAAUGUCGCCAUAGAGAGACCGGGCAGAUAGUGGCCAUCAAGAAGUUUGUUGAGUCGGAAGAUGAUCCUGUCAUCAAGAAGAUCGCGCUAAGGGAAAUCCGCAUGCUGAAGCAGCUGAAGCACGUCAACCUGGUGAACCUCCUGGAGGUAUUCAGGAGGAAGAGACGUCUCCACCUUGUCUUUGAGUUCUGUGAACUGACCGUCCUCAACGAGCUGGACAGACACCCUCGCGGAGUCCCAGAGGCUCAGCUGAAGAGCAUCGUGUGGCAGACUUUACAGGCCAUCAACUUCUGUCAUAAACACAAUUGCAUCCAUCGCGACGUGAAGCCAGAGAACAUUCUCCUGACCAAGGCGGGGGUCAUCAAGCUCUGUGACUUUGGCUUCGCCAGGAUUCUCACUGGUCCAGGUGAUGACUACACCGACUACGUGGCAACGCGGUGGUACCGAGCUCCUGAGCUGCUCGUGGGGGACACUCAGUACGGUCCCCCCGUGGAUGUGUGGGCCCUUGGCUGUGUCUUUGCAGAACUUCUAUACGGGAACCCACUGUGGCCAGGCAGGUCCGAUGUGGACCAGCUGUACCUCAUUCGCAAGACUCUAGGUGACCUGAUCCCUCGCCACCAGCAGGUGUUCCGCUCCAAUGUCUUCUUCAGUGGCGUCAGUAUCCCUGAACCAGAUACCAUGGAGCCCUUGGAGAAGCGGUUUCUUGGCAUCUCUCCCCAGGCCCUCACAGUGAUGAAGUCAUGCCUGGUGAUGGACCCCUCUCUGCGGUUGUCCUGUGAGGAGCUGCUGGCGCUCCCCUACUUCUACGAAGAGGGAGGGGUCAGCUGGGGGCGCGAGGGAGAGCGUGCAGGAAGGAAGCCUGACAGGGGCCCCAGACGCAGGCAGCCAGGGCUCCAGUACCUUCCUCAGCUGCCCAGCAGCAACAUCUCACCUGCCCCCGAAGUCAAGAAACUGGUCAAGCCCAGAUACGCCCAUCACCUGCCUAACAUCUAACCAAAAGUGACUGAAGGAGAAAUUGUGUGUCUCUGUACAUUUGUCAGUUGAAAGCGUCCAUGUGAAUGAUGCUUGUGUGCUUGGUCGCCAUGGGAGUGGGGAAUAGGGAGACUGUAAAGUAGAAAAUGUGUUAUUUUAAAAGGCAUGAGGAACAGGCACAGAAGUGCUGAUAAGCCAGAUGUUUGUACCUACAACGACAGGCCAGUACUGGUAAUCCCUUUAACUGGACUGAAUAAAUCAAAUAGGAAACAUUUCCAACAUUUUUUAAAUUAUUGUUAUUAUGGAGUAAUAUUUUCUCUUAAGGUAUUUGUAAAAGAUAUUAUUUGUGUUACAUGUUUUCCAAUAAUGCUGCGAUAAAAAUGGAUUAUGAAUUUGUUGUAUUUUUAAAUACUGUGUCUUUCCCAGCUUAUAAUAUGUAUUUCAGUUAUGACCAUUAUUACUAUGAUCAUUUUCAGCUAAUCCGUAGCUUAUUCUGGUACUGAACAGUAUUUAUAGAUUUGUCACAGUCAGAAUGAGGAUAACUAAAUAUCUAGUCACGUCAGAAGUAGAGUUGGUGAAGAAGGCAUUUAUGUAUUUACGACAUUUACAGAAAUAUUCAGUAUCUGUUGUGCUUACAUUCUUGUUUCUCCCAGUCCUGUAGUUGCAUUGGAACAACAGUGAUAGACAUUGGUGUAUUCUCAUAACAAAUAGCUACAUUAAUUUUUAAAAUGGCUGCUGUACCUAUUGUGGCCAGUAGGGAGCAGCAUCGAGCUAGUGCUGGCGCAGCAGGUUGCCAAAUUCUCCAUUAGGAUGGAUUCUAGGCUAUCAGGCGUCCCUAGGCAGGGAAGGGUAAGGACACCGAGUACAAGGCUGUAUCCUCAGCUUGUUCGCCUGUGACGAAAUGUAGAGAAGGCGAACUGGUCUGAAGGACACGGGUGAUACCUGAAUCUUUACAGAUGCUACAAAAUGCAACGCUGGCAUGUUUUAGAAAGAUGUGCCAACAGAACUGAUGCUUACACUGGAGUCUGGCAUUUGUGACUGGUUAAAAAAGCUCUCUUCAUAUGUUGUUAUAGGAAUAAAGCGAUUUCCUCAAAGUC